AGCCGGAAGCAGGAAAAGCGGCUCGCGGGGCUCCGGCGGGCAGAGCGGCGGGAUGUCACGGAGCGGCAGGCCGAAGAAGGUGGACUCUCUGGCGGGCUUCAGGUCGCGGCGCGGCCCGGCGGGGGAGGAGGAGGAGGCGGCGGAGGAGGCGGCGGAGGUCCCGGCGGGGCUGCUGAAGGAGGCGCGGAGGAGCGGACAGCUCAACCUGUCCUCCCGGGGACUGACGGCCGUGCCCCCCGCCGUGUACCGCCUGGACGUGGACGCCCCCCCGGAGGCGCGGCGCGACGUCAGCUUCGCGGCGGCGGCGGAGCAGCGCUGGUGGGAGCGCGCCGAGCUCACCAAGCUGCUGCUGGCGUCCAAUCGGAUCGCCCGGCUGGACGACGACGUGCGGCUGCUGCCCGCCCUGCUGACGCUGGACCUCCACGACAACCGGCUGAGCGACGUGCCGGAGGCCCUGGGGGAACUGACGCAGCUGCGGCAGCUCCGGCUCGGUCAGAACCAGCUGAGGCUCCUCCCCCUCGGCCUGUUCUCCGCCUCCGGCCUCCAGACCCUGUCCCUCCAGAAGAACCAGCUGGAGUCGGUCCCGGAGCAGCUGGGGAACCUGACCCGGCUGACCCACCUGGACCUGUCCCACAACCUCCUGGGGGCGCUGCCGGACUCGCUGGGGGGCCUGGAGUCCCUGCUGGACCUGCAGCUGGCCCACAACCGGCUGGGCCGCCUGCCGCCGGGCGCGGCCCGCCUCACCCGCCUGCGCUCUCUGGACUGCUCCCACAACCUUCUGGACGAGCUCCCGGCCGACCUGUCGGCGCUGACCGGCCUGGAGCAGCUCCGCCUCCGGCACAACAGGCUCCGCCUCCUCCCCGAGCUCCUCCCGCCAAAUCUCAAGGAGCUGUACCUGGGCAACAACCACCUGGAGGCUGAGGGGGCGGGGCCCCUGUCCGGCCACGCCCACCUCUCCGUGCUGGAUCUCCGCGGCAACCGCCUGGCCCGCGUGCCCGACGGCGUGGCGGCGCUGCAGACGCUGACGCGCCUGGACCUGGCCGACAACGACAUCGCCACGUUGCCCCCGGCGAUCGGCCUGCUGCCGCGGCUGACGGCGCUGCAGCUGGAGGGGAACCCGCUGCGCGGCCUCCGCCGGGACAUGCUGACGAAAGGAACCGGAGAGCUUCUCAAGUACCUGCGGGGACGAAUCCAACCCGAGGAACCGGCGGAAGCGGCGGAACGUUCCGGACUCCGGUUGCCCAGCGACGACCCGCUCCACGCCGAGAGCAUCAGGACCCUCAAAGUGCUGGACUACAGUGACAGGAAGGCGCUCCAGGUCCCGGACGAGCUGUUCGCCGCCGCCGCCGCCGCCGACAGCGUCACCAGGGUGGACCUGAGCAGGAACCAGCUGAGCUGCGUGCCCGACGGCCUGGCGCUCCUCGCUUCCUCGCUGCGCGACCUCAGCCUGGCCUUCAACCGCCUGACGGCGUGCUCGCCGGCGCUGUGCGGCCUGCGGCAGCUCACACACCUGGACCUCAGGAACAACCAGCUGAGCGAUCUGCCGCCCGACAUGACGACGCUGGAGAAGCUGCUCUGCAUCAACUUGCAGUUCAACAGGUUCCGCUCGGUCCCCGAGGUGCUGCACCAGCUGGGCUCCCUGGAGACCCUGGUCCUGGGGAACAACCAGAUCCAGGAAGUGGACCCGGCGGGGCUGCGGGCCCUGGAGCGCCUCAGCACCCUGGACCUGUCCAACAACGACCUGACCCGGGUCCCUCCUGAACUGGGACUCUGCUCCAGUCUCCGGCGUCUGGUCCUGGAGGGGAACCCGUUCCGGACUCCGAGGCCCGCCGUGCUCGCCAAGGGGACCGAGGCGGUCCUGGAGUUCCUGCGGGGCCGCGUGGUUCCCCCCGCCCCCCCCCCGCCCCCACAAUAAAAAAAUAAAAGCCCCGCCCCCUC